CUGCGUUUUAAGGAGAAGCGACGAGCCUCUUCUUUCUCAAUUUCUCUGUUAUUGCUCCAGCCACAGCCAUCGCUCCACCUUGGUCGCAGUCGCCUUCAGAGGAUUCGUUUGUUUGUUAGACAGGUUACAGACCAAAGUGUAGCUGUUCUUCUUCCCUGAACAUUAUGUCUGCAAAUAUGAGCCUUCGCCUGAUUACAUAUUCCGAAGAGCUUGUAAAUGGACAACCAAUUUAUGUUUCAUCAAAUUGUCUUCCCUUGAAGGCUUUUAGACUUGAACCAGCGGGGCAUGCUUUCCACUCUGCUGCUCUAAGAGUUCUUGGGUGUUAUGAGGAAGAAGGUGAAGAUGAGGAUGAUCAGAAUGUGCCCAAUGAUAAGGAGCAAAGUUAUUUUCCAUCAUCGGGUUCAUAUAGCAGCAAAGGUAAAAAGAAAUCUGGUGCUGAAGGCAAACAGCAGGAUCAUUAUGCAUUGUUGGGUUUAAGCCAUUUAAGAUUCCUUGCCACUGAGGACCAGAUAAGAAAGAGCUACCGUGAAACUGCUUUGAAGCAUCAUCCUGACAAACAGGCUGCUCUCAUUCUUGCUGAGGAAACUGAAGCUGCAAAGCAAGCGAAGAAAGAUGAAAUAGAGAACCACUUCAAGUCCAUCCAAGAAGCAUAUGAGGUGUUAAUUGAUCCUGUGAAGAGAAGAAUUUAUGACUCUACAGAUGAAUUUGAUGAUGAAAUUCCAACUGAUUGUGAGCCACAAGACUUCUUCAAAGUAUUUGGUCCAGCCUUUAUGAGGAAUAGCAGAUGGUCGGUUAACCAACCGGUUCCUACUCUAGGGGAAGAGAAUACUCCACUUAAAGAAGUCGAUAUGUUUUAUAAUUUUUGGUAUUGCUUUAAAAGUUGGAGAGAGUUCCCUCAUACAGAUGAGUUUGAUCUUGAACAAGCUGAGUCUCGCGAUCAUAAGAGAUGGAUGGAGAGACAGAAUGCAAAACUUUCAGAAAAAGCAAGAAAGGAAGAAUAUGUACGGAUACGUUCUCUCAUUGAUAAUGCUUAUAAAAGAGAUCCUAGAAUACUUAGGAGAAAGGAGGAGGAGCGAGCAGAAAAGCAGAAAAAAAGGCAGGCCAAAUAUUUGGCAAAGAAGUUGCAGGAGGAGGAAGCAGCCAGGAUUGCUGAAGAGGAGAAACGGCAGAAAGAGGAAGAGGAAAAACGAGCUGCUGAAGCAGCUUCACACCAGAAGAAGGUGAAGGAAAAAGAGAAGAAGCUCUUGCGGAAAGAGCGAACCCGUCUUCGAACUCUAUCAGCUCCUGUUUUGACCCAAAAUCUGUUCAAUAUUACUGAAGAUGACGUGGAAAGUCUCUGCAUGUCACUUGAAACUGAGCAGUUGAGGAAUUUAUGUGACAAGAUCGAGGGAGCAGAAGGGCUUGAACGAGGUAAACUUCUCAGAGAUGCACGUGGAGGCAAUAAUGACUCAACAGGUAAGAAACAAGGUGAGAAGAAUCCACAGCAUAAUGGUUCUGUGGAAGUUAAUGGAAAUGUCCCAUUAGGCAAGUAUGAGAAAAAGGAGAAACCUUGGGAAAGAGAAGAAAUUGAGCUCUUGAGAAAAGGGAUGCAGAAAUAUCCCAAAGGAACAUCUCGAAGAUGGGAGGUUAUUUCUGAAUACAUUGGCACAGGAAGAUCCGUUGACGAGAUAUUGAAGGCAACAAAAACAGUUCUUCUCCAGAAGCCCGAUGCCGCCAAAGCUUUUGAUUCAUUCCUUGAGAAGAGAAAGCCGGCUCAGUCCAUUGCAUCUCCACUUACAACUAGAGAGGAAACAGAGGGAGUACUCAUCCAGAAUGGGCCUGAAAGUAAUGCUUCUAAUAAGGAUAACUUGAAGGAGUCUUCAAGCACAAGUGGGAAACAACAAAAUCCUGAUGGUGCGGUUGCUUCAAAUGGGGUUACUUCAAGUUCAGAGCAAGAUUUGUGGUCUGCUGUUCAAGAAAGGGCUCUAGUUCAAGCCCUGAAGACAUUUCCAAAGGAAACUAAUCAGCGUUGGGAACGAGUUGCUGCUGCAGUUCCUGGGAAAACUGUGAACCAGUGCAAGAAGAAGUUUGCAUUGCUGAAGGAGCAUUUCAGAAACAAGAAAAAUGCUGUUUAGUUGGUUCUGCAUCCAAUGGUAUGCCAAAUGUGACAAAUGUGCUCGAGGAGACUGUGUUUUGACCUCUCUUUAAAUUUGAUUCCUUUCUCUUUUCAAGAUGGAAUAGCCUGAAGCUACAUUGCCAAGGAGAACAUUUUUUCCUUUUAAUUGCAUUUUCUAGGGCAGCUUCUGAUGUUUUACCACAUAGGUUAUAUAUCUAAUAUUUUUGGGAGGGGUAGCCCCUUAGGCGGAUCUAUGCUGAGAGGUUCCUGUGUCAACCCAUUGCUGAAGGUACUUCAUUUUCAUGGGAAUCUUUUUUGUACUUCGUUUGAAAAAUCAGAUCAUGCUUUAUAUUACAGUGUUUAGGUUUUACAUGUAUUGCAUUGAGAGAACAAAGGAAGGUUGUAAGUUUUACUUCAACUAUUUUAAUGAUUGUCUGAUAUUGCUGUUGGAUUAUCAUGGGAGAGGGUUCUAUGUUAUCAUUUUUAGUUAGAUUAUGGUUGUAUCGUCCGACAUUCAAUAGUUAUUAUCAAAUUGCCAGUAUAAAUCUUGGCAUUUUUA